CUUUCUCCAGUUUCGAUGUUUUCGUGUUUAUUUUUGUGAGCUCUCGCGAAAAAGGGAUCCGUGUUUUUUCUUGCAAAACCGUGAUUUUCUCAAGAAAAUACUUCUGGGAAAACCAUGAAAACUAUCUAAAGACUCUCUUGUUAAACUCUUAGUGGUAGUUUUGACAGUGAAAAGUGUGAAAAUUUGUGGUUUUUGGUGCAAUUCCCCGGAACAUAACCUCACUUCUUUGUGACGUUUUCUUAUGAAAUUUAACGCAUUUUUUGUGUGAUUAUUUCUGUAUAUUUUGCUAAAUUAUCAUGAAUAUCGAGGAGCCAAUGUGGAAGAAGAAGCUCUUACAGAGCUUAAAAGAACGCAAUCGCAAGGAGACAUCCUUUUUUGAUAGUAUUUUUGCGGCAAACAAUCGUCUGUUUGAUUCUAAUGUGCAACUGCAAAUGGAGAAUCUCCGCCUGUCCGUGGACAAUGAGCAAUUGCGUUCAGGAGCUGGACAUUCCGCCAGUAGCGGAAGUGCCGCUUCUUCCUCCAAGAUCCAGGCUCUUGAGAAAAAGCUAAUGACUCAGCAAGAAGAACUGACAGAGCUCCACAAGCGCAAGGGUGAAAAUGCCCAGAUGAUUGUGGAUCUCAAUGUCAAGCUUGCAGAGAUGACCAAGAAAGCCCAGGAUCGAGAGGAGAAGUACACUGAACAGGUGACACUCAAUGGCAGCCUCAAAGCUGAAGUCCAGAUGCUCUCCAAUAACAUCUCAGAACUCAAGGGACUCAAUACAAUCCUUCGGGAUGAGUACACUGCCCUCCAACUGGCUCUCUCUUCCCUGGAAGACAAGCUAAGAAAAGUCCAGGAUGAGAAUCGCCAAUUGGUGGAUCGACUGAUGAAGUAUAAGGCGAAGGAUGCCGAUAAGUUGAACGAGGAGAAUGAGAAUCUCCUGCGUAAAAGGACUGAAAAGAUGCGUCGUGAGCUGGAGGAUGCAGCUCAAGAUGCAUCCAGGCGCUCAAGUAGCCCAAUUCUUCCGCUCGAUCGUGGUGACAGGGGUAGCCUGGCUGAUUUAUCGGGGGCCGGUGCGAAGGCUGCGGGCUUUUUCAGUGUUUCACUGCCAACGAGUGUUCAUCUGAAGUUUGAUGCUCACGAUGGGGAAGUGAAUGCUGUUCGCUGGUGUCCACUGGACAGGAUUAUUGCAACGGGUGGGGCUGAUAGGAAGGUGAAGCUGUGGGAUGUGGGAACGGGAACAAUGGAACCCAGGGGAACUCUGGUGGGUAGCAAUGCUGGAGUGAAUUCUGUGGAUUUUGAUUCGACAGGAACCAUGAUCUUGGGCACUUCCAAUGACUUUGCCAGCCGAGUGUGGACGGUGGCAGAUCAAAGACUACGGCACACUCUGACGGGGCACUGCGGGAAGGUGAUGGCCGCCAAGUUCCUCAGUGAGCACACGAGGGUGGUCACGGGCAGUCACGAUCGCACUCUCAAAGUGUGGGAUCUGCGAAAUCGUGCCUGCGUAGAAACUAAAUUUGCGGGCAGCAGCUGCAAUGACCUUGUGACCACAGAUGGAUCCGGCUCGUGCAUCAUCAGUGGGCACUUCGACAAGAAGAUCCGCUUCUGGGAUACACGCACCGACUCCUCCUCCAAUGACAUCGUCCUCUCGGGACGCGUGGCAUCUCUGGAUCUCUCACGUGACUGUCGGUACUUGCUCAGUUGCGUGCGAGAUGACACAAUUAAACUCCUCGAUCUUCGCAUGAGCCAUGUGGUGAAGUCCUUCAGUCACGAUGGCUUCAAGGUCGGCUGUGACUGGUCGAGGGUGUCUCUUAGCUCAGACGGCACUUACAUCGCCGCUGGCUCUGCCGAUGGCGCCGUGUAUGUUUGGAAUGUCGCCGGCCGCCUCGAGACUAUCCUCAAGGAUCACUCGAAUGGCGCAUUUUUCGGCAGGUCUGCAGUCACAGCAACAUCUUGGCAUCCCUUCAGUUCAGUCCUAGCCACUGUGGACCGUUCCAAGAAGUGCACAAUCUGGACAGAUGCCUGAUUAACCCACUAAAAAUAAAUCGCUCUUCCGCAUCUCGGUAUUUUGCCAACAACAAAAAAAAAAUGAAAGACAGGGGCAAAAUAAAGAUAAAAAGAAUAAAAGUCUCGAGAGCUAAGAAAAAUUGUGUAAAAGAUUUCAAUCACCGAUUUAUAUAUAAUAUUAUAAAAGAACUUUCAACAAAAAAAAUGGGAAGAAAAAUAAUAAGAAUUGUACAAGCAAAUUUAUACGUACAUGGCGCGCUCUGGAUGUUGAUAUUUUUUUUACAUCACAAUAAAUUGUUUUUCUUUUUUUUUCCUUAUACAUUUUUUUGUUUUAAAUCUUUUAAAUCAACAAACUCAACAAACAGAAAUCCCAAGAAUUGUACAGUUAUGUAAAGUGGAUUUAUUAAAAAAUAUUUUUACCUUUUUGGUUAUAUAUAA